AUGAGAUACAGCACUCACUUCCUGGGCCGUCGCUACGCCACGCACCGCCGGCUCGAUCGCGCCUUGAGCCUCGACCACUUUCUGCAGAGGUGUCGCGUCCUCUCGCUGUACAGAACCAUCCUCCGAGGCACGCGGCACAUCCGAGAUGCGCAGACGAAGGCCGAGGCGCGGCGUUUCGCGAGAGACGAGUUCGAGAGAUAUCGGCUCGUAACUGACCUCUCUCAUACAAGAUACCUCCUGUCAACGGGCAAGACGGCAUGGGAAAGCAUGGAGAGAUACAUUGGGGGCAUGUAG